AUGUCUGGUGUGACGUCGCCAUUAGUGGUGAAGCGGCGCACAAACGCCCUUCGCGGAAGUGCGACUUGGGAUACGACGCUGGUGCCACCCUUGGCAACGGAGGGGUCGGGCGAGAGUUAUGCUUCGGUGGGGCAGGGCCCCCUCUCCAACAUCUCACCAACUGCGGACCACCUCCGCUCCCCCCACCUCAGCGACUCACACUCCCACGAAUUCAGCGCCUGUGGCGUCUCACCCUCCUCCCCAACGAGCCGCCUUCGACAUUUGUGUCUUUCGCUGAAACUACCGCUCGCGAAGCUGCUCGGCAGUGGCGCUUGUCGCGUCGUCCACCGCUUUGUCUUGGCGCUCGCUCUUCUGCUACUCCUCUACGUACUAACUGCUACGCAGUUCCUCGAAAAUGCGAGCCUCACGCGCGUGGAGAAUGCGCUCGACCACCUGGUGAAUCUGCAAGACCCAGAGCGUGGGCCGUGGUCUGUGCUGGUGCAGCACGAGGAUGCACUGCAGCGACUCAACUUCACACAUCAGCAGCGCUGCCGCGUCGGAUCGAUGCUGUGCGACCCGCUAGUGAUCGGCGCCGCCUUCCUCCCGUCGUGGACUCUGCACGUCGUGGAGGAGGGCUGCGCGGACUGCACGGACCAGCAGACUUACGCCAGCGCUGUCGAAGGCGUAGUGCUGCAGGCGCGCCACGCCGUGUUCGCGACGUCGGCUGCCCCGCUGGGCCGUGUCGGGCCGAUGCUGCUGGCGAUGGCGAGCGUGACGGACGACGUGGAUGUGCGCGCGGAGCUGCCGCAGUGGGAGUGGCUGCGGCACGUGCACGGCAGCGGCUUUCCGGCGGUGGGUGGCGCGGCUGGGGGGUCUGCGCCGCCGCGCGCACCGUAUCUGGCGGUGAUGGGCAUCCCGUCGACGGAUCAGCGCCCGCGUGCCGCCCUGCGUGAGGCGCAGCGCAAGACGUGGCUCGCGUACCAGGAGGUGGCGCGCCGCGACAACCACUUUACUGGCGCGCUGCUGGCGCUCUACGUCUUCGCCGCGGCGGAGCCCGACCCCAUUCUGGACCCAUCCGCGGACUCCGCCGAGUCACUGCACAGCGGCACGUCAGCUGCCUCGCCGGGGCGAGCGCGCCUGAGGGUGCUGUUGCCCACGACGGCGGAGUACAAGGCGGCCACCCAGGCGCUCCUGGCGAGGGCCAUGCAGGCCGACGGUGUCGACGCCGUUGCCGGCGAGGGCUUUGCGCAGCGCCGGAUGGAGCUCCGCCGCGGCUGGAGCAUUGCUGCAGUGGACAGCUCACCGUGCGCGGAGGUGGCCAGCAGCUGGACGGCUGGCGGCGCGAAGACGUCUGCGCUGUCGUACCUGAGCGGGGCCCUGUCGCUCCCCGUGACGCCGGCGUUCACGUCGCCGGCGGAGUACAUCUGCCACGCGUCGUCUGCGCUGUGGCAGGAGGCGCUGACGCACCGCAACGUCCUGUGGAUCGACAUGAUGACGGACCGGCGGCCAACGACCAAGAAGAAGCUCGGCGAGCCAACGAAGUGGGGCCUGCCGGUGGAGGUUGGGAUGAGCCAGAAGCUGAUCCUGUGGCUGGCGUACGCGUACCACGCCUUCAAGGAUGUCCCUUUCAUCAUCAAGGGCGACGAUGACUCAUACAUGAAGGUGCCGCAGUUCCUGAGCGAUGUGCGGUACGUGAUGGGCGGCAUGCAUGCCCGGCCACCGCCUCCGCCUGCCGAUGCCGCCAACCGCAGCACGUACGCGCCGGACAUGGGCAGGGCAGAGUGCAUGUACUGGGGCAGCAUGCGUGUAUUUCAGAAUGCCCAGUUUAACGCUGGCAUGACCUUUAUGUUGCACCGUCUGCUCGCUCGAGUCGUGCUGGAGCCUCCAGGUAAAGAAAAGCGUGUAGACAUAGCGGAGAUGGCGGUAAUGAAGUUUGAUAUGAACUUGUCAGCUAUCUAUCGAGCCGCACGAUUCCACCAGGAGGACAUUUUGCUUGGGCUGCUCAUCCGAAACACGCUCCGACGCGCACGCGACAUCUGUCCGAACAAUCGUGUCUGGUUCAUCAAGGAGGGCUUAGCUCGUUUCCAUGACAUGUACCGCGGCGCAGAGCACGACGUGACGUGGUCGACGGUCGUGGCGCACCGCUGCACCCCCGCUAAUAAUUACUACCUUCACCACUUCUUCCAGAGGGAGCACUAUGCCACGUUGGCCAGCUCGGGCGGGAAACGCCGCGCUGAGAGAGCCGCUGUGGCGCAGGCGGCGGCGUGGGUGGCGGAGCACCGGCGCACCAUGGGGUCCGAGGUGGUGGGCUGGGACGCCAUGCCGGCUGUGCAGUGGGUCCGCGAUGUGAAGCGGACGCCUGCGUACGACAUGGCGGAGGCGGAUGGGGUGCCGGUGUACCGCAUCGAGUACAAGUACUGGGCACACCAGUUCACGGCUGUCGAUGAUGGGCUCUACUCUUUACCGCAGAACUGA